AUGGGCUCUCAAUAUUCAACUUCGAGUUUCGACGAAGCUUACUCAGACAAAAGCAGUUCGAAUCACAACAACAACCCAUCUUCAACCGAUACGCUGAUUCAAACUUUGCAGUCUGUUGAGUCUUUGGAAUGUCAACAGCUGUUUGAAACAGCUCCGUAUAGCAACCCUCAAAACCAGUUACUCUUUCCGGCCCGAUCACAGAACCUACUUUACGCAAACUGCUUCGACUUCGAUCUCUUCCGGACCCACAUUCAAGAGUUACCUCGAUCCACUCUCGCAUCUGAAUCCUAUCUGGUCUCCGCCCCUCCAUUGACGGAAACUGAUAAGUCAAGAAUCAUGAGUGCACUCGCCUUACAGUACGACAACAAUUUCUCUAUGGGUUCGCGAUCAUCCUUUACAUGGCCAGUCUUGGACUCCGGAUCCGGUCUCAUAAGCCCCGAAUUCGGCUCAUACGGGUCAGAUAGCAGCUUCGCAGGAUCAAGAUCUGGAACGACGAGCCCACCCAGGACAUCACUAAGUGCGGAGCAGCGCGAACUGAAGAGGCAACGAGACCAAGCCCGGCGUGAUUCGAAAAUGCACAUCAGGGGCCGCAGGGCGGGAAGCAGCUCCUCAUCUGGCGUCUAUUCACCACCUCCUUCGUUGGCAGUCAUGUCGUCAGGUGCUCCUGGCAUGCCUAUCUACACAAGCGCUGGCCCUGUCUCGCUAAUGGCUGAAACUCACACCACCCGUUACCAAGCGCAAUUCUCGCCACCUCUUCCAGACCAUCACAACACUCAGUCCAACAUGUACCAUAACUCAUAUCCCACACCCACAUACAUCAACGAUUAUGGCUAUCCUGCAUCGGCCACUCCAAGCUUGCCCUCUUACUACGGUCGCCAAAUGUCUGACCCCAAUCUCAUGUACCCUGUUUCACCUCCAACAAUGGGAGGUAGCCCUCAGGAUACUGCCGGGCAGGUUAGAGUCGUGCAGCCCAGGCCGAAGCCGCAAUGUUGGGACCACGGAUGCAAUGGCCGUCAAUUCUCAACCUUUAGCAACCUCCUGCGUCACCAAAGGGAGAAGUCUGGACAGGCAACAAAAGCAACAUGUCCAAACUGCCACGCCGAGUUCACACGGACUACUGCGAGAAACGGGCACCUAUUGCACGACAAAUGCAAACAGAAGCGGAUCGGAAGCUAGAUAUCUAAGAAGAGAAGGGGGAAAAAGGGGGGAAUAAAAAACAAAACAAGAUCCAGGAGACAGAGAGGUGGGACCGCCCG